AUGUCUCUCGGCAAGAAGGUCACUCUCAACACCGGUGCCCAGAUCCCCCAGCUGGGAUUCGGUACCUGGCAGUCCGCCCCCGGCCAGGUCGGCGAGGCCGUCUACCAGGCUCUGAAGGUCGGCUACCGUCACCUUGACUUGGCCACCAUCUACCAAAACCAGCGCGAGGUUGCCGAGGGUAUCAAGCGCGCCUACAAGGACGUCCCCGGCCUCAAGCGUGAGGACAUCUUCAUCACAUCCAAGCUCUGGAACACCCAGCACGACCCCGCCGUUGUCGAGAAGGCCCUGGAUGAGUGUCUUGCCGAGCUCGAGCUCGACUACCUCGACCUGUACCUUGUCCACUGGCCCGUCGCCUUCAAGACCGGCGAGAACUACUUCCCCCUCGAGGAGAGCAGCAGCCACCCCGACGGCGAUGUCCUUAUCGAGGACAACAUCUCCAUUGUCGACACCUGGAAGGCCAUGACCAAGCUCCCCAAGGAGAAGGCCCGCGCCGUCGGUGUCUCCAACCACACUGUCGAGCACCUCGAGGCCAUCAUCAACGCCACCGGCGUCGUCCCCGCUGCCAACCAGAUCGAGCGUCACCCCGUCCUCCAGAGCAACGACCUGAUCGAGUACGCUGCUAAGAAGAACAUCCACAUCACUGCUUACUCCGCCUUCGGCAACAACAUGUUCAACAUCCCCCUCCUCGUCGCUCACCCCGACGUCAAGGCCGUCGCCGACGAGGCCUCCAAGCGCCUCGGCAAGACUGUCACCCCCGCCCAGGUUAUCCUCAACUGGUCUCAGGAGGGUGGCCACUCCGUCAUCCCCAAGUCCGUUACUGCCUCGCGCAUUGCCGAGAACUUCCAGGAGGUCGAGCUCACCAAGGAGGAGAUCGCCAAGGUCUCCAAGCUCGGCGAGAACCGCCGCCGCUACAACACCCCUUACGUGGCUAACAAGCCUCGCUGGAACAUCAACAUCUUCAAUGAGGAGGAUGAGAAGCCUGCUGGCCACAAGGUCAUUGUUUAG